UUGGUAACUUUCUCAUGUCCUUCACGCAAAAAAUUUCAGUGCCAAUUUUACCCGCCCUUGCUACCUCCAGUUCCUCUUUCCCGGCUUUCGCAUAUGAGGAGAAAUCUGGAGCCAGGGUUCGGCCACAAUUCGUCCACAAUGAUCGUUGUAAAUACUCCGAGCCAGGAGCUCGCCGUCACCAACUUCGCUUACUGCUCCGCCGGAGAUUUCCGGAAGUUUGCGAUCCGUGUAUCCAACUCUGCUCAGGUUAUCGUUGGAGAUUCUAUAAUUCUUCCCCUUGUUAGCCAUAGCAACGUUAGUGAUGGUCAAAUUGCUUUGAAUUCUGUCCACCGACGACACACAAAAGUAUCUGCUGGAGAUCAAAUAUCUAUUAUCACAUUUUUUCCACCGGCUAGUUUUUCUCUGGCAUUGCUUACUCUUGAGCUGGACUAUGUUAAAGCAAAAGCCAAUAGAAAUGAAGAGUUAGAUGCCGUCGUUCUUGCACAACAUCUUCAAAAGAAGUUUAGUAAUCAGGUUAGGAAAUCCUAUUCCUUUCUAUUGAGUUCAUAUUUUUCUUUUCUAAAUUCCUCAAUUGAUGAUCUUGGAUG